AUGUUUAGACUGUAUUCCAAUAAUCGACAAAUAAAAAAAGUUCAUCGUUAUUCAAGAUUACGUGAUUCACUUCAUUUGAAACGAACGGGCUCAGGCAAACGUCGACGUCUAAUCAAAACAUUUCGUGAUACAUACAAAUCACUAAAUAAUAUAACAACUACAGUAUUUCGUUUAUUGAUCAUAUUCAGUAGAUUUUCUUGUACAAUAACAAAUUUAAUCAAUAAAUUGUCAAACUUAAUUGUUGCGUUAGAACGAAUAGUAUUGUUAAUAUGGUCAGUUAUGCAUACAUUAAACCUUAUUGUCCAUUCUAUCAUGUAUUUUAUUUAUAAAAUUCAGUUAAUUAUUAAACAAGUGGCAUCUUUGAUGCCAGUUCGUAUUAUAGAACGAUCACUGAAAGGAUUUUCAGGCUACAUUUCGGACUAUUACGUACAUGGAACAUUAAAACAGCGAACAAAACAUAUUCUAACAACGGUACGACGGCGAUGGAAAUAUGUACAAUUCAAUCAUAUGAAAAUAUCGCAGUAUGGAUCAGAUUUAGAUAUUUAUUACGAUGUUCAGACAGAAAUCGAAUAUUUUUGUUAA